AUGGAGGAUUGGGUUUCACGUGCAAAUGCACUUAUCAGCAAUGGAUUAAAGGAAUCAGACCAGCUGAAGAACAGUGAGUGGACAUUUGAAGAGGAAAAACACAAUGCUAAGAUUUACACUCGACCUUUUUUUAACAACCCAGUUCAUGCAGGAAAAGGAGAAACUGAGUUUGCUCACUCUGCUGAAGAAAUGUUUAACUUUUUCAUCUCAAUGCCUCUUGAAACUAGAUGGGGCAAAGGAAACCUUGUAUAGGGACGAUUUUAUUUUACUUGCCCUAGACUUUGGGGUUCUGAAGAAAUCUAAAUGCUUCCAAGUCAUUAUUAUACUAACAUUAAAAUCGGGCAAAUCCAUUUAUUAUGGCAGAUUUUCCUUGAUUAUGCCAAUAUUAGACUUUUUUGGAAUGUCUUGAGCUAGCUAAAAGAAGUUUUACAGUAUAAACCCUAUAGCUGAUGACGGUCCUGCCAGUGCUGAAAUCGUCGCUGAAGAGGGCAGUCUAAAAUUAAUUUUCAUUGUUCUCCAGAUGAAAUGGCCAGUAACCAAUAGAGAAUUUAUUUACAUUCAGGAUUACAGGACCAGAGGAAACUCAUAUGUCAUAUUUGAAAAGAGUUUAGAAGUGCCUGAAGUGCCUAUUACAGAAGGAUGCGUUAGAGCAACCCUCAAUCUGUCAACUUUAUAUAUUGAGCCGAUUAGCGAUACUAGAUGCAAAGUUACAUAUCUAGUUAAUCUUGAUCCUUGUGGAGACAUUUUGGAUGCAAUGAAAGAAAAAAUUCAGCUAGGAUGGUCCACUCUUAUUCCAGCAAUUCUUCAUCAGCAUGUCGAUUAA